AUGGAAACAGUCAUAUCUAACAAACCAAAUGAUAAUAAAUUGGCAUUUCUUUGUUAAUAGAUAGCUUUGUCGUAGGAAGAAGAAUUGCAGAGGAAUAUGGAAGGGGCGGGCAUGGCGAGAUCCAAGGCCGAAGAAGGAGAGAAGAGCGAUGAAGCAAAAGCCAACAAUGGGGUUUUGAAGGAGGACGCGGAAACUGAGAAGAAAGAAGAGUUUGUUUCAGAGGAUAUGAAGAAAGAGGAGAGAGAGGAGGAGGAAAAAGGAUGGGUGGCUGAAGGUGUGCCUUUUGUAGGGGUUAGGGAGCAGUGGAACUCUUCCAUGUUUGAUUGCCUUGGUGGUGAUGACAACGAAUUCUUAAGCAGCGAUCUUGAAGUUUGUCUUCUUGGAGCAUUUGCUCCUUGUAUGCUCUAUGCAAGCAAUGUUGAGAGGAUGAGGUCUGGUGGAUAUCUGGGUAGCUGUACGGCUUAUGCGUUGCUUUAUUUUCUGGGCUAUUCAUUUUAUGGUUCCAACUGCCUGGCACCUUGUAUAACCUAUCCUAGCCGUACAGAAAUUCGUAGGCAAUUCAACUUGGAGGGGAGCUGCAGUGCUUUGAUCAGAUCUGGAUGCUGCACCUCUUGUAUUGAGGAUGAGGAGCACCUUGAGGAAUGGGAUGUCCGAUGUGACCAUGCGAGUCACUUCUUUUGCCACAACUUUACCUUAUGCCAAGAAGGUCGUGAGCUUCGACGAAGGCUGCCUCAUCCUGGCUUCUAUGGGCGAUCGAUGUUGGUAAUGAGCCCUCCUUCAAACCAGGCUAUGGCUCGUGGACCCUAGACUUGACGAUUGAUCCCAUCAUCAUAACCAUUGUUUGUUUCUUGGUCUUAGCUAUGUGGUAACUUGAUCUAGAUGGGGAGGCUGAACUCAGGUGAUAUUUACCUAUUUUACAAACCAAACUUGUUGGUCCUCGUGCACAUAAUAUUGCUGUGAUAUUGUUUGUUUUGAAAGUGUCCUUUUGAAAUUGGUGCUUGUUUCUCAACCCAGAGAAAAGGAGGGGAAUAAGGGAGGUUUCACUCUUGCUCUUAUGUUAGUGCUAAGAGCUAAACUGAAAAUAUGAGUCUCUGUUUUUCUUCCGAACUCUGGAAACACACUUGUAUGAUAUUCCUUUUUGUUGGAUAUUGUUAUGUAUUGCGAGAUAUCUCGUAUCUCCUGCA